AUGGAAGAUGAUAAUGUGCAGAAUUCGAUUAAACCUUUCCAAGCAAUAAAUAAUACUGAAAUUUUUGAAGAACCACAAAAUUAUAAUCUUAUAAAAAAAGCUAAAAUAUUUACUUCAACACAUUACUUUGAUGAAACUUCAUGGACAAUAUUAGAAAAACCAUUAAAUCUUAAAAAAACAAAAUUUGAUGAUGAUAGAAUUCUUACAUUAGAUCCAAUUGAAGAAAAUUCUAUACCAGUAGAAUUAGAAGCUUCAUUGUGUGGAAAGUAUGACAUUAAAGUAUACAGAAAAGGAGACACCAUUUUAUGCAUUGAAGGAGAACAAAAAAUAUUAAUAAAAUUGCCUAUUACAAAAAAUAUAAUUACAUGGAAUUCCUCUCAAAGACUUCCAGUUUUACCAAAAGUUUGGAGACCCGUAUUUUUUAUUCUAAAUCAAAAUAAUGUAUUUGUUAGAAUGAUUCCCGAAAAAUGCUUAGUUAUUAGUAGAGUAAAAAAUUCAGAUUCUUUUAAAGUAGAGUGUAUCAACUUUUCUGAGGGAUUUUGUUGUUGUCACCCAAUUAAUAACUUAGCUUUGCUAUAUGGUGAAUAUGAGCAAAAUCAAGAAUUCAGUGUGAUGAAAUUACCAAAACUUCCAGUAAGCAACGGUAAAUACAACUAUUUUAUACAUUUUUUUUCAUGGGGAACAAUGAUUGUACCAAAAUAUGUUGAAAUAUACAAAGGUCUUUUAUGCAAUUUUAAACCAAAUAUAAUUGCUCUUUUGAUUAUACCGCCAAAAAUACAUAUUUCUGUAGAAUUAGAUAGCCAUUCUCCAAUAGCAUGCUCAAUGGAUUAUAAAAAAGAUUUUUUUAUUACUGCAAGAAAGCCAAAUAUUACAGAUAUAGAAAUAUAUUUAAUAUCGCAUGAUCAAUUAAUUAGAUAUGAUUUUUCGUUUGACCUUCGUUUGAAUAAAGAUAAUGCACCCAUUUCAAACCUAAAUGUUCCAAUUAAAUUUAAAAUAAGUAAAGAAGAGAAAGAAGAGAAAAAGAAAAAUCCAUCAUACAUAUGCAAAUGGUCAUUUAUUAACUUCAAAGAUCAAAAAGUUUUGAGUUCAUCAAGUAAUUCAUCUUGUGACCAUAUCAUGACAUCUGAUUUAGCAUGUAUAUUCGAUGCAGAAACAGGUACUUAUUAUUCUACAGAAUAUGGUAUACGUCAUUGUAAGGCUUUUAAAAAAUUGCAAGUUUAA